UAGAGAGCUGCCGUCUCUCGGUGAGAUGCAGGCAAUGCAGCGAUCACAUUUACUUAAAAUCCCGAUAUGAGCUUCAUGCAAACAGCCAGAUUAAAUAUGUUUGCAUAAUUUGGCCCCGGACUUCAGUUUCAGAAGUGGACGUUGGCGAAGAGACCGCCGGAACAAACGGGGAAUUCAACUGUCAGCUGGCCGGGAAAACCGAUCACACCACCCGGCUUCCGGGGAUUCAGGGGCCGCAUCGGUUGACGGCAGACGUCGGUCGGUAGCUCGGGGGAGUACGGGCGAACUACCACAUCAUCGCCAACAUCCACCUCUCGAUUUCAGCGACUUUCGAGAUGUCAAGAAAGCUACAAAGGACAGAAGUCUGCGCCGACUGCAGUGCGCCAGACCCCGGAUGGACCAGUAUCAACCGAGGCGUCCUGAUCUGUGAUGAAUGCUGUUCAGUGCACCGCAGCUUGGGCCGCCAUAUCUCCAUUGUCAAGCACCUGAGGCACAGCGGAUGGCCUCCCGCACUACUGCAGAUGGUUCAGACCUUGGCCAGUAAUGGGGCCAACUCCAUAUGGGAACACAGUCUCCUGGACCCUGCUCAGGUACAGAGCGGUCGUAGGAAACCCAACCCCCAGGACAAAGUCCAUCCCACUAAGUCAGAGUUCAUCAGAGCCAAAUACCAGAUGCUGGCCUUUGUGCACAAGCUGCCCUGCCGCGAUGAUGAUGGCGUCACUACCAAGGACCUCAGUAAGCAACUUCACUCAAGUGUGCGGACGGGGAGUUUAGAGACGUGUCUUCGGCUCCUGUCCCUCGGUGCUCAGGCCAACUUCUUCCACCCGGAGAAAGGCACUACCCCGCUCCAUGUGGCAGCCAAGGCAGGCCAGAUCCUGCAGGCUGAGCUGCUAGUGGUGUAUGGUGCAGACCCCGGAGCACCUGACAUCAACGGACGCACACCUAUGGACUACGCAAGGCAGGCGGGUCAUAUAGAGCUAGCAGAGCGGCUGGUAGAGUGUCAGUACGAGCUGACGGACAGACUGGCCUUCUACCUCUGUGGACGACGCCCAGAUCACAAGAAUGGCCAUUACAUCAUUCCUCAGAUGGCAGACAGAGCUCGUCCUAAGUGCCCGACACAGAGUCUGGACCUCUCAGAAUUGGCCAAGGCUGCCAAGAAGAAGCUCCAAGCGCUCAACAAUCGGCUGUUUGAGGAGCUAGCGAUGGACGUCUAUGACGAGGUAGAUCGCAGAGAAAAUGAUGCAGUGUGGCUUACGACCCAGAACCACAGCACUCUGGUAACAGAACGCAGCGCGGUGCCCUUCCUGCCAGUCAACCCUGAAUACUCUGCCACACGCAACCAGGGUCGUCAGAAGCUGGCCCGUUUCAACGCUCGGGAGUUUGCCACACUCAUCAUCGACAUCCUGAGUGACGCCAAAAGGAGACAGCAGGGAAAAGGUCUCAGCAGCCCGACUGACACUGGUCUGGGUCUGGGCAUUGAUGAUGACCAGCAUGACUACGACAGUGUAGCGUCGGAUGAAGACACAGACAGUGAGCUGACCGCCCAGAACAACAACAACACACAACGCAGCAACCGUGCAAAGAGCAUGGACUCAUCAGACUUGUCAGACGGCCCCAUCACCCUGCAGGAGUACCUGGAGGUGAAGAAGGCUCUGGCCUCCUCAGAAGCCAAGGUGCAGCAGUUGAUGAAGGUCAACAACAACCUUAGCGAGGAGCUGCGGCGGCUCCAAAAGGAGAUCACACGGAUGCAGACAGAGAACGGUGCGCUGCGGGGGGGCCAGCAGGCUGGGGGGGCAGCUGGCCAUGGGGUAGGGGGGCCUGGUGGAGGAAGUGGAGGAGGGGGAGGAGGCUUCUGGCAAGGGGGUGGGAUGAGAGGAGGAACAGGCGGAGGGGGUCAUGCUGGGUAUGGGACAGGAACGGAUCCCCCGGGGCUGUCGGUGCCCUCCUCGGUCGCCCCCCACUCCCAUCCCCACCGAAGGGACCGCCAGGCCUUCUCAAUGUACGAGCCAGGGGCGGCCCCCGGCCCCACGGCCCAUGGUCCCCCAGUCCUGGACUCCCUGGCAGCCCGCCUGCAGCCACUCAACACACACAGCGUACGGAAGGGUAGUACAGGGGGUCCUGCGAUGUAUGGAGGCCAAUAUUACUCUGGAUCUACAGAGAUAGGCAGAUACAUGGUCCCCAAACCAGAGAAGCACGGCAGCGGCACUGACAGCGACUAUGACAACACACAAACUUAUGACUUCUCGCUAAGUAUGGGCCGCAGCAGUGAGGAGUCUGAGGAGGGAGGAUGUGGGGAUGUGGUGGAGCCAGACCCCACCCUGCCCUGCACAGAGGAUGUCAUACUGAAGACUGAGCAGGUGACCAAGAACAUCCAGGAGCUACUCCGGGCUGCUCAGGAGUUCAAACACGACAGCUUUGUUCCAUGUUCUGAGAAGAUCCACUCUGCUGUCACUGAGAUGGCCUCACUCUUCCCCAAACGCCCGGCGUUGGAUGCAGUCCACUGCUCCCUCCGCCUGUUGGCUUCCAGUGCCUCACGGUUGCAGGUGGAGUGCCGUAAGGCUUUGCCCUCAGAGCCUGGGGGGCCUGCAGUGGACUACCAACUCCUCACUCAGCAGGUCAUCCAGUGCGCCUACGACAUAGCCAAGGCUGCAAAGCAACUGGUCACCAUCACCACUCGUGAGAAGAAACAGUGACCCAACAAAUGCAUGGAUGGAUGGAUGGAGAGGGAAGAGGGAGAGAGGCCGGAUCAAUGCAUGGGUGGACUGAGAGGGAUAGGAGGGGCUUCCAGGAGAGGAAGAAAGAGGGGGAAAAUAUGAUCACACUACAGAUUGGAGGACGAGGGAGGGGGAGUGAUCGGGAGAAUGAUGGGCGCGAUGAAGAAGGAAAAGUUUGGAACACGUAUGGAAAAAGAAUCGGAUGAAAGCAAAGAGAGUUUGUUUAGUAGAAACACUACGGAGGACCGGAAAAGGAGCAAUUCCACAAGUGUGGAAGAGAAAGUAGGGAAGGACAAGCGGAAACAUCCAACGUGGGAACUGCAGCUGCAGCCCGAGUUAACUGUUGGAAUCAGAUGUGUAUAAUAAACCGCUUAAACUGUGAUAAGCAUACGUGAAAUAUGGUGGCGGCGGCGAUGUACAGUGAACUGGAUCCGGAGAUGUUACCGCUUUAUUUAUUCUCACUUGUCAGCCGUCAUCCCUCCCUCUUCCCGUUUACCCGAACUAGGGAGUGAGGAAGUGUACGCUGCAAGAGAGGGAAGCAGAUGGACCAACCAUGACAUACUCCACACCAUCUCCGUCCAGAGUCGGGACGUUCUCUCCUCGGCCCCUCUCUCACUCUCCAACCAGACACUCGGCCCCUCUGCCUCCUAUCCCGUCCCAGACAGGAUGCGCUCGCGGCGCAGAGAAGGAACCCCUGGGACCCAUCCAGCUCCACCCCACCCAGGCUCUCAGAUGCUUCCUCCUGGGUUAGCCUCUGCAGGGGGGCCUCAGCCUUUCUCCGACCCAUCACCCCCUGUUGUUGGUGGUGCACAGCAUGAUCUGGCAUGUUUUCAUUUCUUUCCUCUCUCUUCUUUCUAUUUUUAUUUUUGAAUAAGCAGAUUGGUUUGGUCUGCACCUCCUGAGGACACAAAUGACUGACUUACACAAACAAAACACUUACACUGGAAUAAUUGUGACUUAUUGUUGUUGUUUAUCAUUGCCUAUUGUUUCGUUUUUUUGUAUUGAUAUUUUUACUGACCGUCAUCUUGAUUUAACUGUUUAUAUAUGUUUAUUUUAUUGUCUCAAAUAUGAUUCUCAUUUAGUGGAAUAGGGAGACAGGUGGGAUGUAUGUGCUCAACUGGGAUUUAGGUAAACAUGCACACGCAUACACACUAAGAAGUUACCUGUGAAAUGGUCCUCAACAUUUGUCAAGCACUGUGUGACAGUUGAGGGGUGUUCCAUGUUGUGAUGCGUCCUGUGGCCAAGGGGGUUGAACAGUUGCCAAAGGGGAGAGGGUGUCCGGGGAGAAGCCGGUUUAGAUUUUCUGUCAGACCAAAAGCCCCUUGGUGCAUUUUGACAGGACCUGGAUCAAAAAUGCUCUUCUCAUGUAUCCUCAGCUGUCUUUCUGGGCUUGACUUAUUUUAUCAUUUUCCUCAUUUAACAGAGCCAGUGGAAUCAUCUCAGAAACUAUCCCACGUUCAUUCUUUUGCUGUGCUAAGCAGGAUAAUAUUUGGCAGGUGUGCUCCUGGGUGCCUGUAUAACACAGCAGACAUUAUUUACAUGCAUGGUAACAAAUGUUCAGUCACAUCAAGUCGAUACACGUACUGGAGUGUUUCAGUGGAGCUUUAAGUCGUCCUGUGGGAAGCACCAGAUCCAGAUGUAGUAACCUGGAAAGUAAAUAUGAGAGAUACUCGUUGCAUUGUUUCAUUUGAGAAUAUACGCUCAUUUGAAAUGGAUUUAACCACCUCAAGUGUGCAUGAUGUAGUUUGCCCGUAUUAUGUUGACUUUUUAGACUGCCUGGCAAGCACAAUCAAGCCCACGUUCUGUUUUCCGAUUGAUUCUCCGUCACGGCCUGCUGAUCUGGGCCACAGAAGUUGUCACUUCUAUGUCUCCUGUCUCUGCUUCUGGGAGACAGCAUUGGGAACAAAGAUGUCUUUUUGUUUGUUUGUCGUUUCAAAAAGAGAGCGCACUUAGCCUACUGUAGGUUUAAAGCUUGUUGUACUGUGCCGAACAAAUAUGGUCAUAUCUGUUAAAAAAAAAAAAAGAAAAGAAAAAAGGAAGCAGGUGGGAUCUCAAAAAGUGUCUCCGAGCUGCAGGAGGACCGUCCUCUUCACCUCCGACCCUUCUCCAGUGAUUCUGUCGCCGGUUUCUCGAAAUGUUUGUGGAUUUAAUAGUCGGUUGUUCUUGCAUUGGUAUUUUAUAUGACAUGGCUGUGUGCUCAGAAAGCCUCUGCACAUCACAUUUACUUGUCUGCAACAUUGACCUCAUCCUUCAAACAGCAGUUACAUCUCUUGUUUAUUUUAAUCUCAUAUUGCUGCCUUUUAACAAGAAGCAAUUAAACCCUAUUAGCCCCAAACACUUGGAGAGACUGAUGUUGGACCACUUUCAACACCUCUCUGUGUCCCCCCCCCCCCCCCCCCCCCCCCUCCCUUAUUUCUCUUGGGGUCUCUGACUGUCAGUGUUCCUCAGUCUCUCACACUGUUACACACAUGUCUCCGUAGGGGAGGAUGGAUUGUUCGUUCUGUUCCCUGUCAAAACAAAUGAUGUCCAGAAGACUCAUGAAAUGUAUCAUUGUUUGAUAUUUGAUGCCUUUGGACAUUAUCAUCAUCUCCUGUUUGACUGGCUGAGUUACAGCGAUGGUGUACUGACUGCUGAAACAACACCAACACACACACACACACACACACAUGGGGGGACGGCAGAUAAGCUUGUCCCUUCCAUCAUGAUUGCCCAAGUUUUAGAGUAGAGCAAUAUAUAUGAACAUAUAUUUUCAUGCUAUAUUUUAUAUUAAGCUAUAUGUUAGGGUUAUGUCUGCGAGAUAUUUAUGUCUAUUUGUCGGCCCGAGUGGGCUUCAGGUUAUGGGAUCUGUUCCCCAAAGCUUCACUCGGCUCUUCAGUCUUGACACCAAUGUACUUGUAAAUAUUUUAAGUCUUGUGAGUAUGGUUAUGAUGUGGCAUUCCCCCCCCCCUUAUGUAGUUAUAUUGUACAUAUUAGGGAUCCUACUAGAAUCUGUAGGAAGUAAAGAGUGAAACAACAGUUUGAUGUAGGCGAUUACUCAGCUGUGUGUGUGUGUGUGUGUGUGAGUUACACUAUUGUCAAACACCAGCUGAGUUAAGUAGGAUCCACAUUAUGUACCGUACUCUCCCAAAGGUCUUAGUUCAAGUACAUUAGGUGCAGGAUGCAGGGUUGGAGUGGGGAUGGGGAAAUAGGAAAGGUCUGAAGCGCACUUGGGUUUAGCACUACAGUCAUCUCAAAAUGUCGGGAGGAGGGUCUAAAAUGCACAUGGCCUAGUCCUCCCCCGAGUUAGUCAACACUACGUAGGGUGCCUCUAGUAUGAAUGUUAAAAGCUUCUGUCAGUUCAUGUCCAACACGCAUUCUACACCUUCAUCAUGUCCAAGAUUCAUCAAACACUCACACCCUCAACUUAUGGGUUGAACCAAGCCUUCUACAAAGUACAAACAUUAAAUCUGCAGCCAGUGGAUUCUACACACACACGUCUGAUGCUCGGCCAUUGGGAGUGCACUGUGGCGUGUACUGUUGCUGUCCGUGUGUUUCUUCACAGCUUUACACUUUGGGAGAUGGGUGACGGGAGAGUUAUGUUUUAACAGAAGACAUUAAAAACUGUAUAAAGUAGAGAAAACAAUGACUUAAAAGGUCAAUCGUAAUGGAAACUCAUAAGCUGUACAUUUGUAAUAAAAUAGUAAAACAAGUCAA